AUGCCAAUGUCGAGUAAACCAAGAGAUCCAUUACAGAAAGUAAUUCCAAGGAAUCCAAAAUAUGAAGAUAUUCAACCAACUAUCGACACAGGGGCAAGUUUAUCGAAAUAUCUUAAGAAAAUGGAAGAACUACGUGAAAAUUAUAAAAUGAAAGAUAAUGAAAUUUUUAAACGAAUGAAAAUGGCAACCUUUGUUCAACUUAUCUUACAAAUAGCUGAAGUAAGAGAAAACUCUAAAUCGAAUGGCAACAAUUUGUGCGAUACAACAAUAGAAAAAGCUGGCAAUAGUGUUAACAAUCAGUCAUCCAAUGGUAAUGAUUGUAUACAUUCCUCUAAUGGAGAUCCACCUCCAACUGCACGGUCUACACUUGAAAGUCUUGUCACCGGUAUUGGUGAAUUCGACACACAUUUUGGCCAAUCACGUUCACAGAUCCCAGAUUCAACUGGAAGGUUAACUUCAUUAUUAGAUUAUCCAUAUCUAUUACUCGAUGUAAGAGAUCGUGAUGAAUAUGAUGCAUGUCAUAUUAUAACGGCACGUAAUUAUCCUAUAGCAAUGUUAUCACGUAGUGUAAAUUUUGAAACUACUGAAAUGUUGGCUUAUCGUAAUCGACCAGGUCAUAUUAUUAUUGUAUAUGAUGAGGAUGAACGUUUGGCACCAAGAGCUGCAACCACAUUAGUACAAAGAGGUUAUUGUAACUUAUUCAUGUUAUCUGGUGGAUUAAAGGUGGCUUGGAAAUUAUUUCCAGAAGGUUUGAUGAUUGGAGCAAUGCCAUUGUCUAUUUCAUGUACACUGAAAUCCCGUGGUAAAAAUCGACUACAUAGACCAGCAACUCGUCAAUGUUCAAUCUCUAACUCUUUGAGUAAGGAUUCAAGUAUUCAUAAUUCAUCAUCAUCGUCAUCACCAUUAUGUUUACCAGCAAUUCAAAGAAGCAUAACACCAUUGAUUUAUUGUGCUUUGGGGACAAGAGACAACUCAGAAGGCUAUGAAGAAUUUCUGCCUGAAGAUCUUGUUCAUUUGACGUUAACCUUAGAGAAAGGUGUUGAUGACGGACGUUCUACACGAUCAAAUUAUACCCGCAGUACUAUAUCAUCGUGUAUACGUUAUUCAGCGAAUGGUGAUAGGAGACCUUUCCGUUGA